ACUGAGUGUUCGACCAGAGUUCAACAGUGCUCACCAACAAGAAUGGAGACUGGUACAAGGGUUCUUCUUUUAAUUGCAUUUGGUUGUGUUGCUUCUUCCAAUGUACUUCUCCAAAUGCACAAGCUUGAUAUUGUUGAUAACUCUGGAGCUGCUAAGCCUGUCAGUAAAAAUGAUUCAGGAGUUCAGGCAGCAGUGAAGACGGCCACCUAUGAAUUUAACAACAGAUCAAAUGACAUAUUCCUUUUUAAAGCAUCUGCUAUUGAUGAUGCAAAGGUUCAGGUUGUUAAAGGAAUAAAGUACAUCCUCGAAGUGAAGAUCGCACGUACUGUGUGUCGCAAAAAAGGGCACCCUGACCUGGAAAACUGUAACUUUCAACCAGAUGGGAAACUAAAGCAGAUAUUCAAAUGCCAUUUUGAGGUCUGGGCCAUUCCUUGGUUGUACUGGAUGAAAACCACUGUUCUCCUCUGUCAGUAGAUGGAUGCUCUGUGGAUAUGCCAGCCUUCUUGAAGAUCAUUUGGGAACUGUUUUUCGUACAAGCAGUACUGUAACACAGUAAACCAUACUUUCAGUAGUUUGUAAUUUUCAUUAUUGCACAUUUCGGGUGCAAUCAUCAUAAUCCCUGAAUUGUGUAAAGAAGCCCCAAAGUAUAGUUAUGUGUUAUCUUUUUUUUUAAUUUGAGGAUGACGUCUGACAGGGACUGUCGUGAAUUUAAAAUGACCAUAGCUGAAACUAAACAACAAUUGCACUGAAUAAGAGAGAUGCAUGCAAGUAUAGAUGUACAUUUUUUUUUUUUUUAAAUCUAUAGACAUGCACCCACAAAAGACAGAUCCAGAAAUCCAUAUAUCUGAAAAUGGAAAAAUUCAAAGCAGCCAUGGUUUAUUGUUGUGGAAAGCAUAUAACCCCAGUAAGUGUUCCUUAUCAAACCCAGGAGAAAAUCACAAACUCAGAACCCAAAACCUUUUUCUGUUUGU